AUGAGUUGGUACGAUCAGUUGGUUGGAUUAUUCGUGUUCUUCACCAUACUCAACACGAUCACUGUUGGUCUCCGCCUUCUUGUACGCACCAGACUUAUUAAAGGAUCAUUUGGCUGGGAUGAUACUGCCCUUGUCUUCACAUACUACUAUUACGCAAUGUGUAUUGUUUGCUUUAUAAUUUCCGGGACGGUUAAAAUCAGCGUUGCUUUCGUUCUCUAUCGCCUCACUAACAACGGUAGCCCACUCAUCCGUGCUGUUAUUAUUUUUGACAUCUCAACAUGCUGGGUUUGGACCAUUUUCACUACGGCCUUGACUUCCCUUAGCUGUAUGAAAAUGGGCCCCUAUUAUGGUGCUAUUGACAAAUUAACGUGCACUAAUGUUGCCUACUCACGAGAAAGUCUUUAUGUUAUCUAUGAUGUUUUUCAUAUUAUUUUACCGGUCUUCAUCCUUUGGAAUGUCCAAAUUGGCAAGGGUCUGAAGUGGAGUGUUCUUGGUUUGUUUAGCCUCGGGGUUCUCGCCACUAUCGCUGCUGCUAUGAAACUCAAACUUCUUUACGACGGCUCUCAGCCUCAUAGCAGCGUCGAUCCGAUUGCUCAAGGGUACAAGGCUAUGAUAUGGUCUAUUGUCGAGCACGGACUUUCUAUUUUUGCUAGCUCUGUCCUUGCCCUCCGCCCCCUCAUACGGUGGGUCUCCAGUGGAUGGGCGACCCUCUCGAGUACCCUCUAUGGCAGCUCGAGCGGCAGCGCCAAGCCCUCUGUCCAGAACAGUUCAAGGCAUAUACUACAGGAGCCACACUGGUCCAGAGCAACUGAAACAAAUGAGCUGAGCAGCAUCGGUGUACGGAAUGAGGUCUCUAUUCGAACCGAACACACUACUGAGUGUCCAUACCAUCUUCAAACGCCACUCUAUCUUGCAGAGGCAUAUGGUAUUUGCUCCAAAAGCCACUAA